AUGGCCGAUGACCCCGCCGCAGCGCCAUACCAUUAUUUACCCAUACCUCCAACCUCAAAGUGUAUACGCGUUCUCGAUGUCGACGCAGCGUCGACUGAAGCAGCCGCUGUAGUUGGCCUUCUCCGUAUCGUGGACCUAGAAACCUCUCCCGACUUUACCGCCAUCUCCUACGUUUGGGGCUCACCGAAGGAUAAUCGAAUCAUUACAUGCAGCGGCGUAGAUAUCGUCGUUUCUGUCAAUGGCUAUUCAGCGCUGCAGCAUCUACGAGCGCGCCUCGGAGCUUUCACAAUAUGGAUCGAUGCGGUCUGCAUCGAUCAAAAGAACACGAAGGAAAAGGAGCACCAGAUUCCGCUGAUGGGUGACAUAUAUUCGCAAGCUGCGACUGUGUAUGUGUGGCUGGGUGAGGGUAAUGAGAAAAGUGAUCGCGCAAUCAAAUAUAUGGAAACCGCUGGCUUCUUGGAUUAUUUCCAGGCGGAAAGCGGUGAUACUAAAACUCCCAAAGCUGAUUACGGGCGCCCAUUCCUCGCAGCCUGUUCUGCUACUAUAGCACGUUGGAGCUUGAUAAGGCACCCUUUCGUGUUUCAUGACUCUGUCGGUACAUGGCGGGGCCCUCUGAGCCCUAUAAUUCUCCGGUUGUGUAGCAGAGAUGCGAAAUAUGCAACCGAAGACGACCUAUUGGAUCUGCUACAGCGGGAUUGGAUUAGCAGACUCUGGACCUACCAAGAAAUCCUUCUCGCUUCCAACCCGGUUAUAGUUUGCGGUAGCACUCACAUCUGUUGGAACAGAUUCGCAAUCAGUCUGAUCUUUUUGGCUACUGCGAGCCCUCGUCUCGGGUCGUAUAUGUGCCCUUGGAAGAGGGUUGCUAUGAGUAGACAGGAUAUAAAUCCGGACUGCGUAAAUUCGGACCCUGCAAGCGACUCCUCUCUGGAAGGCUAUGCAGAAUUUUCGAGACGCAUGUGCCGACUUCACCGCCUGACCGAUCGGAUAAGUUUCUGCUUUCUCGGUUUCUUACUCGCUUUCCUGCUCUGGUCCGCCUUCCUUGGCUCCAAUCCUCACGAACGCAAGGUGAUUUUCGCCGUUUCAUUGACAGCCGUCUUUAUCAUUCUCGUGAUGAUGGUACGUCUGGUCUUGUUAUCGUCCCCGCGCGUUUUGUAUCGCAACGAAGAACGCCAAACCAAUGUGAAUGAUCUCAUUGACGGCGUUUACACUCGAGAUGCCACAGUGUCAAAAGACAUGGCUUUUGGCCUUUGGGCCAUCUUGCAACGUCGCACCCGGCACCCCCUGCCCCGGGUAGAUUAUGGAGAAUCCAAGGAAGCGAUCUACCUUUCGUUCUCUCGGCUUCUUGUCCAGAUAACAGGGUCACCACAUCUAGUCUUGAUCGCUGCAAUGAACAACAUGAAGGGGCAGCCGUCUUGGGUGCCGGAUUGGACGCCCAAUGAACACCGAGAAAAUAAAUGGGGGGAUAUCGAGCGACUCAUUCGCUCUAACCACGUCACCAGGGGUGACAAGAGCUCGUGUCCGUUCGGCAUAAGCAAACAUUGCGAUCUUGGUGAUGUUGACCGGACACGAGUUCUUGCCGCCCCUGGUGAAGUUGCAGACGAUACGGAUCGCGGAAAUCUAGGAAAUAUACGCAUCUCCAUGGUGGGCGAUCAUGCGAUAUCAAUACAUGGUCGUCGACAGGGCGUAGUCGUUGCAACCUUCAACUUCUACAAGACUCAGUCGUCGUACCAGCAAGCCGAAUAUCGUAAACACAUUCACAACCUGGGACGAUUGCUCCAAAUUCUCGAGACAACAAACAUGAAUUUGCCAUUCUAUGGACAUAUCGGCACUUUUGCUCAAUUCGACUGUUGGGAACGCUUCAUAUGCAGACACAGACGCAAGGAGGUCUCGGCGCUUUUUUCCCUUUUACGAGAUGGCUCGCGUUGGGGAACUUCGAAGGCCACAGACCAUAAUUUACUCAGUACCCACAUCGCCGUGUGCAACGCUCUAGCAGACGACUCAACAAUACUGUUCCAGGGGUCCAACCCGGGACCGCUCGGACGACCCAGCAUAGGCGAGUGUCGACGAAACGUCAAGCCAGGUGACCUCAUUAUCCGAUGUCCAGGUGUUGAGAUACCGAUAAUCGUCCGGCCCUGCUUUGAUGGCAGGAACGGUGUUCAAAUCAAGAGCAUUGCCUUUUCUCCUCAGUGGUCAAAUCAGACGAAAUUGCGCGAGCGAUUGCGUCACGUGCUUUCGAGGACGUUGCAGCCUCAUGGAUCUGUUCAGUCUGAGCUUGAAGAGUUCCAUGUGUAUUAAACUUCUGUUGGCUGUUCAUCGGAAAAGCUCGCUUUAUCCAAACAUAUGAUUCAAAUCAAGAAUCUGGUUUUUUUUGGAUGUUGAGUACAACUAGGAAAGUGCUCUGGAGACUUCAUCGACGAACCAGAGCUGGCAAUAUCAAGAAGUUAUUGUUCAUGUAUUAACGGUGUUUCGUCUGUAUGUUAUUAGCUCAUCAAUUAAAUCAGUGGAUCGGGAUUGAGGUGAGGUAUUGGAGGUUGUGGUAGUGUGCUGUUUCGCGUUUAGUCC